GACGUCAUCAUCAUCAAUACCAACGUUCCAACAACGACCGCCGGGCCCGUCCGCCGCCGACGCCGAAAUCAUAGAAGGCAUCCUGUUGAAGGCGGGGAAGGAAAUGAUGUGGUGGUUCUGGCCACCGCCACCGCGUCUAGCGAGACCCCAAGGAGACUUUCUUAACAAUAGGCUUUAUCGACCGCUUAAUUCAGCCAAUAACUACCGGAACAGCCAGGUUGGGUGGUUUUUACGCAAGCCUGACUGGACAAAGAUCAGGCUGCAGCCGUUGGAGAAGAACAUGUACGAGGAACACCCGGCCACAACAAGCCGGCCGAUGGCCAAAGUGAACGCCUACAGAAAUGUCAACGGUAUAUCGGUGAAAGGGAACAACGUCCCGAAGCCCAUCCUUGCUCUGGAAGAGUCCAACUUCCCGGACUUCAUCGUCAAGAGCAUCGAGGCCUCACGCGACCACGCUUCGCCCACGUGCAUCGAGGCACACUGCUGGCCCAUCGCUCUGACGUGCAGGAACUUUCUGGGCAUCGCGGAGACGGGAUCACACAAGACGCUCGCCAACCUCGUGCCGGCAGUCAUCCACGUCAGCCGGCAGCCGCCCCUGCAACAGGGAGACGGACCCAUCGCCAUCGUGCUGGCUCCGACACGAGUGCUGGCCAAGCAGAUUCACAACGUAGCCUUAGAAUUGUGUGAGUUCGCCGCAUUGCGAAGCGUGUGCGCCUCGAGCGGGGAGCCCAAGCAAGGUCAGUACGAGGAGCUGAAGAAGGGCUGCCACAUCUGCGUCGCCACGCCUAGGCGCCUCAUCGACUUGCUCGAGGAAGGCAAGCUGAAUCUGUACCGCUGCACGUACCUCGUGUUGGACGAGGCAGACCGGUCAGGUCUGUCUCGUCCAACACGAGGUACGUGUUGGACGAGACAGCCAGGUCAGGCCUGUGAAGGCAAAAGUUCAGUGGGGGCACUCGGCAUCGUAGUCUCGUAA